AGCUUGUGUGCAGGGAUAUGAAGAGUUUCCCAGCUGGCAAGUAGGACCGUGUGUUGUGAUAAACUCGUAGUCACUUUAAGCUUGGGUCGACGAGAGUGAGCACGAUGCGAGCACUUCAGGCGGCUUCGAUUUUCUUCAUAUUUCUCUGUUGCAGCAGGGCUAAGAAAAUGCGCUGGUGCACGGUGUCGGAUCCAGAGCAGAGGAAGUGUGCCGAGCUGGCCAAAGCUCUGGUGACGGUGCUGCCUCCAGCUGCUGUAGCAGCGUUCGCCAGACUCUCCUGUGUACGCGCCUACAGCACCACAGACUGCAUCAGUAAGAUCAGGGCAAACCGUGCUGAUGUAGUGACACUGGAUGCGGGAGAAGUUUACUCUGCCGUCAAGCAGUUUGGCCUCAUUGCCAUCGCCAAAGAAAUCUACAGCGAUGGAGGAUGCAUUCUGUCGGUAGCAGUGGUGAGAAACGACACCCAGGACAUACGCUCCCUGCAGGGCCGCAGGAGUUGCCACAGCGGGGUCCGAUGGACGGCUGGAUGGAGUCUUCCUCUGGGCUUCUUACUGUCCCGCAACUACCUAACCUGGACAAAGGAGCAACCGCUGAGUCAAGAUGUCAGCACCUUUUUCAGCGCCAGCUGUGUCCCCGGUGCAGCCGGCAUGGCGGCUCCUCUGUGCGCCCUGUGCCAGGGCGAGAAAUCCUACAUUCGCCAAAAAAACUACCACUGUGAGACGUCCAACAACGAGCCCUUUUACAACAGCCAAGGGGCUUUAAGGUGUCUGAGGACUGGGGCAGGGGACGUAGCGUUUGUGGACCACUUGGCCCUUGAAAACAUCGAAGAGAGCGAGAGGGAGGAGUUCAGGUUACUGUGCACAGACGGCACACAUGCUCCCCUCAGCCAGUACAGAGGCUGCAACCUGGGACGAGGUCCAGGAGGAGCCGUGGUCGCCAGACUCAACUACCGCAAGAUCGCUCGCAAGUUUCUCAUGACCGUGCUGGUGUUGUUUGGCCAGAGGGGUAGAGAGAGGCAGCGUUUCCAACUCUUUAACUCGUCACCUUUUGGGGAAAGUGACCUUCUCUUCAAGGAUGUUACAGAGAAGUUAGCUAUUCUGCCAGACGACAAGGAUGUGAGUCAGGUGCUCGGGCUGGAUUAUGUCGCGCUUCUCAAAGGCCUCGGACACGAAGGUAGUUCGUUGGAGGACAGCGUGGUGCGCUGGUGCUGUAUUAGUGAUGCUGAGCAGAAGAAAUGUGAGCAGUGGGCCCUCAGUAUAAAGUCGGACCCACUGGUGUGUGUUAGGGGGGUCUCGAUGAGUGACUGUGUGGAAAAGAUCAAGAAAGAUGAGGCGGACGCCGUCUCGCUGGAUGCUACUCAUUCAUUCAUCGCUGGAAAAUGCGGUCUCGUCCCAGUCGUGACAGAAUAUUAUGGGAAGCAGUGUGUUCCUGCUGAGGGAACAACCCACUUCGAGACAAAUGUGUUGCCGCCAGUGGUGGGCGUGGCGCUUGUGAAGCGUUCCAGCAGGAGUGUGUUUAUUGGAAACCUCGGAGGCCGCCGCUCGUGUCAUGGUCACAUGUACAGCCCUGCAGGCUGGCUGCUACCCUACAAACACAAUCUAAGCCAAGAACAUAAUAACAGCUCCUCGUGUGAUCCAAAUCAAGUGUACAAUGAGAUAUUUUGGAAGGGCUGUCUUCCUGGCUCUCGGGGGAAUCUCUGCAAAGUGUGUAUGGGAGGCACCGGGGAGGCGACCGCCAAACGAUGCGCUGACAACCAUAAUGAACGCUUCUAUGGCAAUAUGGGGGCUUUAAGGUGCCUGGUUGGAGAUGUUAGUGGCAAAAGCUAUGGAGAUGUGGCCUUCCUUGAGCAGCACAGUUUAGAGAUCAACAUUCUCAGUUUGAGUCCCAGCGGGUGGGCCGAGGGGUGGCUGCCCUCAGACUUUGAGUUGUUGUGUCGGGAUGGUCAACGCGCUCCGCUGUCAGAAUGGGAGCGCUGCAACCUGGGAGUCAUCCCGCCCAAUAUUAUCAUGACACGGCCAGUGCUCACAGCCAGAGUGUAUGAUUUCCUCAUGAAGUCACAGGAAACCCUGGCAGCUAAUCCAGAUACAGAGUUCAAGCUGUAUGAAUCCAAACAAUAUGGAGAAAGUGAUCUGCUCUUCAAAGAUGCAACACAGUGUCUUGUCCACACCAGCCACAUGGACUAUCGUACCAUCCUUGGAGAAGAAUUUUACAGGCAUGCAGAAGCCAUCUUCAACUGCACUCACUCUGAUAUCUUGGAGUUUUGCAAUCAGGAUGUGUGCAGCAUAUUCUAAUGGAUAAACAAAAAGCAAGCCAGCAUCUAUUCAAGAUCACUAAACCCAGAUCCCUCCUGCCCUACUAUGCUGCUGAAACUUUGCUUUUCUUCAGAAAUGACUACUGCAACCCACCCCUCUCUGGUAUCGUGCAGCUACCCCGUAGAUUACAAUCAAAGCUAUACUGACUGCUGAUGCACGCCAAGACUUUGGACACUGCGAAUUUCACUGUCAAUUCAACUGCAUAUCUAUCUAAAGACAGUACUCCUGCCUAGAGAUGUUACACAACACUUUCUGCUUUGAUGAAUGAAUAUAUUUAAACAAAGCAUGAGGAUAUUAAAGGGUAAAGAAAGAACCUGUAUCCAAUGUCCAAUCUUACAAUAAAGGAAAGUAGUGUU